AUGCCGACGUUAGACGUGACAACACUAUUAGGCAGUAGCCUUAGUGAUGAACUCCGUGCGACAUCCCUUUUGGUGCUCGAUGGCGCUGUUGUAGUGGGAACCAAUAGAGGGUCUGUAUUGGUUUUUUCGCAGCUUAACAACAACAAGAGGGGAAGUGGUAUAGAUGCUGCUACGAAUGAUUGUGAUAGUAAAAAUACUGAGGAUGUUCUUCCUGGUGUUUGUGUGUACGCCCAGACUCUUCACCACGGCCCAGUACACUCUCUCUGCGCCUCCACUGCAGAUCUUUUUGCAUCUGCUGGCCAUGAUGCGGCACCGGUUGUGCAGCCCAUAACGAAUCUGCUAACAAAUGGUACAGAACGUGUGCACCGCUUAUCAGGACAUACAGUUCCUGUAGCAGCAAUGGAGUUUUUCUCUACAGGAACUUGGUUGGCGACGUGCAGUGUGGGUGGUCGUUUUAUUGUCUUUGACACUAUAUCCCGUUCAAUGCUGUGUGAUGUGAAUGUUGGCUUCUCUGUUCGUUGUUUGGCACUUUCACCAGACGAGACGACGUGUUUUGUGGGUGGAAUGCAAGUUGCCCGUAUUGAUUUAUAUGAAAAUGAUCGCCCAGUGGAGCCACUAGGAAGACGAGAUCCCCCGCUCUGGCUUCAGCACUACUCAUGGUCUUGUGCCGGUGAAAAAUUUAUUGUAGAGGCACCUGAAGAUUUAUUUAUUGCGAGACUCUCUGUUACGCCAGACUCACUCACGGCAUUCUUUCAACCACGCGAUGGUUCGGCUAUCGACAGUGCAACUGCCACAUGGUAUCACAGUGCAGCGGACUACUGGCUUUCCCGCAACUUUGAACGCAUCGCAAAGGGUAGUCAUUCACAGAAAGAAGAAGAAGAAGAAGAAGAGGGGGAAAAGAAAGAGUUACCUCAUCUACCUUUCCGUAAAAUACUUCUGGUGGAGGACUCUCAAACAGAGAAAACAGAGAUGGAGGGAAAUAAGAAAAGGAAAGGAUCAUCAAUGCGACUGCAGGUGUGUAAUGGCUGGGAUACAUGGCCACGCCCUCAUGUCCGUGUGGAAUCUCAGGAGACUCUGCACAUUUCAGCAUCUGCAGCACUUUUGGAUAAGAAGUUACCAGAGGCUGCGGAUGACUCAUUGGAGGGCCGUUUGGCCCGUGAAGAAGAACGCGGUAAGGCAUUGCAAGCAGAGUGCGAUGAGAUUGUACACCGCUUGAAGACCAUUAUGGAGCAAGGAAGCAGAAAACGAACGCGCCAACCCCCUUCCUCUUGA